AUGCCUCUCCCCGUCUUUACCGGCGACAGCUCGUCCUUGUAUCGCCCUGCGGUUCCAUCUCCCUUGUCCUCGUCACCUAUCCAGGCGUCAUCCCCUCCGCUGGGCCUCCGCGAUCCCAACAUACAGCCGCGCCGCGAGAUCCAGUCUUCACCGAUACCAGCACCUAAGUUCAAGUUUGCUUCAAGACCGGCGAGACCAAAUCCGGUAGUCCAGAAGCGAGAGGCAGCACAGGAGAGCAGACGGAAGCUUUUCUUAAACAAUGUCAGGCAGAGGGCUGACGACAAACGGUGGGAGCGCAGAGGUGGCGAGAAUGAGCUACUUAAGCUGGAAUGGUUCUCGAUGGACAGGGAUCUAAGAUUGGCAAAGAGUGCCGACUUGGAAGGUGUCGUUUCUGAAGCCGAGAUUGAGGAUGCGACACAACUUCAAGAACAGCCCCGGCAGGAGGCGCCGGUUGAGGUGGACGACAUGAUGGUGGACGUUUUGGAGCACGAGGAGGAAGCCGAGCUUGAUGCGCUCAUCUCUUCGAUGCCCAGUCAGCCGUCCUCUAGCGACAUGAUCAUUAGACCUGACUCACCGCACUGGUCGGAUGAUGAGGAUUAUGAUGCGUUAUUUAUGGACUUUCUUUCGCAGGAGGAUAACCAGGGCAUUGUUUCUUCGGGCCAGAUGGACAUGUCUUGA